UCUGCAGUGCUACGGACCGAUCAUGGGUGACUGGAGCUUUCUGGGUAAUAUUUUAGAGGAAGUUAACGAGCACUCUACGGUGAUCGGCCGGGUGUGGCUCACGGUGCUCUUCAUCUUCCGUAUCCUCAUCCUGGGCACGGCGGCGGAGUUCGUGUGGGGCGAUGAGCAGUCUGACUACGUCUGCAACACACAGCAGCCUGGGUGUGAGAACGUGUGCUACGACGAGGCCUUCCCCAUCUCCCACAUCCGCCUGUGGGUGCUGCAGAUCAUCUUUGUUUCCACACCGUCUCUGGUGUACGUGGGUCACGCUGUGCACCAUGUCCACAUGGAGGAGAAACGAAAAGAGCGUGAGGAUGCAGAACUUAGCCGGCAGCAGGAGCUGAGCGAGGAGCGUCUCCCUCUGGCCCCCGACCAGGGGAGUGUCCGCACCACCAAGGAGACCAGCACCAAGGGGAGCAAGAAGUUCAGGCUAGAGGGCACCCUGCUGAGGACCUACAUCUGCCACAUCAUCUUCAAGACACUGUUCGAGGUGGGCUUCGUGGUGGGCCAGUACUUCCUGUACGGCUUCCGCAUCCUGCCGCUGUACAAGUGCAGCCGCUGGCCCUGCCCCAACACGGUGGACUGCUUCGUGUCCCGCCCCACGGAGAAGACCGUCUUCAUCAUCUUCAUGUUGGCUGUGGCCUGCGUCUCUCUCUUCCUCAACUUUGUGGAGAUCAGUCACCUGGGCCUGAAGAAGAUCCGCUUUGUCUUUCGCAAGCCGGCCCCGUCCCCUGCCCUAGGCGAGGGAUCGGCCCCGCUGCCGCUACAAGGGAAGAGCCUGCCCCCCCUGGCUGUGCCCUCCCUGCAGAGGGCCAAAGGUUACAGGUUGCUGGAGGAGGAGAAAGUUCCCAUUUCUCACCUCUACCCGCUGGCUGAAGUGGGCAUGGAGGCUGGCAGAGGGGCCCCACCCUUCCCGGGGCUAGAGGAGAAGGCGGAGGAGGUGGUGCCCAUGGGGGUCAUCUCUAAGGUGUAUGACGAGACUCUGCCCUCCUACGCCCAGACCACGGAGACAGCGGGGGUGACUUUACACGAGGAAGAGGUCGAGGAGGAGCAGCCCAAAGAGGUGGAUGCCGAGAGAGUGGAGAAGGUUGUGGAUGAGGAUGUGGAGGUAGAGGGGGUAACUCCAGCCGAGGCAGAGAUGGAGGCCACGGAUACGAUAGAAGACACCAGACCGCUGAGCCGACUGAGCAAAGCCAGCAGCAGGGCCAGGUCAGACGAUCUCACCGUAUGAACCCCUGAGA